ACUCAUACUCGUCUAUCAUACCGUACAAUAACAGCAGCCAUGGAUUGUCGUCUCAUUACAGGGAUUUUAUAUCUUUUACUUCAUGUGCUCUUAGUCAUCGCAGACACAUGUCCCCCUGACCGUGAUCAGGAAGUGCUCCACGACGAAGGAAAACUACACAAAGACUUAUUAUGCGCCUAUCACUCUGAUUACCGGCCAGUGAAAGACCACAAAACAACAAUCACCGUCAAAAUUCGCUUUGAUCUCAAAUACAUCAACUUCGAUGCGCUCGAAGAGACAUUCACAGUGCACAGUUGGGUGGCAAUGAUGUGGAAAGACGAGUUCUUGUCAUGGACACCCAGUAAUUACGGAGGUAUAGAAGAACUCCAGAUUGAGAGUCACGAAAUAUGGACACCAAGAAUGGCUCUUUUUAACGCCGAUGCUACACUCUACCAAUCAGAUACAAUUUACACAACGUGCUUAGUAACUCAAGACGGUACUGUUACCUGCGUACCACAUAUAGCCCAUUCGGGAGUCUGUCGAUCUUCUUUGCGCAGUUGGCCUUACGAUUCACAGAACUGUACACUCUACUUCGGCUCGUGGAUGCACACAGGAGAGCAAGUUAAUUACACUUUCUAUAAAAGCCAACCAGUUUCAACAACUGAUUACCAAGAUGGACCCGGCUGGAAGUUGCUAAAUGUCGCCAACGAACGCCUGAGCGGAAAAUAUCGCGAAAAUACAACAUAUCCGAUGCUAAAGUAUACUUUUGUGAUGAAACGUGAGGCUGCGGGACCUGCGGCCAUAGUUGUGGCUCCAGCAAUCGUGAUUGUGUUGCUGACACUAACCUCUUUAUUGCUUGACAUUAAGGACAAUAUCAGAUUAAUGCUAGCUUGCUUUAGCCUUUUUGGACACUUCACGAUUCUAUCGCAAGUCGCAUUUGAAAUUCCUAAACAUAGUUCGGAUACACCAAUAGUUUUGCUCUUUUUGCGUGAUUCAAUGAUAAUAACUCUGAUGGCUAUAUUGGUGACCUUGUUCUUGAUGUUUUUAAGAAGGCGAGUGGUUCCUGCGCCUACGUGGGUGAUUUCUAUAACUCGGCUUGUAUCUAACGGUCCGGGCAGGUACGUAAUGUUUACGGAGUUCGACCCAAGUGAUACCUCGGAUAAGAAAGGUCUUGCAGAAGUCGGCACGAGCACUGAAGCAAGUGACGAAGAUCGCUCCCGUAUUACUGGUGACUGGAUGCAAUUUGCAACUUUGCUGAACAGUUUCGCAUUUGCUAUUUCGGUUUUGAUCUAUUUAAUUUUAAUAUUUGCGUACAUUCCUUACGAUUAAAUUUAUGCAAGUGAUGGUAUAUAAAUCGGUACUUACUGCAUGUCGUAUUUUACAAUACAAGUUCUCGGAUCAGAAUAAUAAAUGCUGUGGUUCUAAAAUUAAAUAAAAUACUCUUAUAAUGGACUUAAAUUUAAUUUUAAAAAUCACUUUAAAAGCUAAGUUUACCGCUACUUAGCGCUUAGUAACUUUACGUACCAAUCCAAAGAAAACAC